UAAAAAGCCUUCUCUUUAAUUUGCAUCACCAUUUCAAGCAAGUAGAUAAAGCACUGCAAAUAAGACGUGACGUGACGAAAUAUGUCGUUCUCAAAGUCUCUUACUUAAACAGUAAGAACAGAUUAGCUGUAUUUCCAGCCAAUGGUGCUUCAUUUUUGAACUGAGCGGCAGAGUUUUUUAUUUGGCUUUCAAAGAAAACGUGUCAGUGGUUUAAUAACAUUGCUGGAAGCGAAAGAUGGUUUCAGUAAUUCUAAUAAUUUUCUCUGCUAUCCUGACUAUUGCAGAAGUAACACCAGAUGUCUUGAGAGUCGUUUACGUGUCCAAAGCUCGAGGCGAAGCAAUUGCUGUUUGUGGCAGCACUGAGUUUACACCCUGUAAAACACUUGAACUCGGUUUUAAGAGGCUGGCUUGGGGUGGAAUGCUAUACGUCGACGGCAAUAACACUGACAAAGAUCCCUACACAUGCGAAUCCCAACACAGAUCUGUUAAAAAGGAGUAUAAAAUACAGAAAAGCUUCACUUUGUUGAGCUACACCAAUUCAAUUCCUCGUAUUUCUUGCUCGAACGGAAUUAUUAUCGAAGUUCCGAGUCGUAGAGUACCGAUGAGAGUAAAUGUGAGCAAUGUUAUGUUCGUGGAUAGUAAAAGACUAUGGGUGAAAUCUGGAAUAAGGGUAACUUUGACCAAUGUAUUAUUUAACAACACGAAGCUCCAACUAAAUAACGCAUUAAGUGAUAUUCGAGAUUGCAGUUUUCAAAGAUCAUAUCCCGCAGUUUUUGUCUGCAUUUCGAACACCCUGCCGACAUAUUACUUAAAAGUGAAAAACACGUUAUUCAAAGAAAACUGUGGCUGCAUCGAGAUUUAUCAACCAAAAGCUAAAGGGUGCAAUAGAAAAAUAGUCUUAAAUUUAAAAGAUGUUUUAUUUCAGGGAAAUACCAUACUCAUGAAAAAAAACAGAGAAAGUGGUUUGGUAUCUGUAAGAGGAUCCCGUAACUGCCGGUGUAAAAAUAUGUCUUUCUCGUCCAAGUGGGAAAAUGUUACAGUCAUUAAUAACCAAGGCGAAGUGAAAUUUUGUAAAAAAGACCGUGAGGAAAAACCGAAAGGUUGUUGUUGGAAACGGAAAGAAAAACCAAGUGAUUUCACACGAAACAUCUUCGCUGUCAGCACUUGCAGGGUUUAUCUUAGAUUUUCUAAAGUGAAAAGUCUAAAAAACGUCAACAUGAGAUUCUUAAUGUCACAAAGUGGCUAUAACAAAAUAAAAGUCGAGGAUUCAAGUUACCAUGGUCACCACAUCGAUAAACCAGGAGGGGUGAUUCACGUUAAAGGUCACGGAGCAUUGGUUAAUCUCACCAUCUCAGACUCAGCUUUCUUUAAUAAUUCAGGUACAUUGGGUGGGGUGCUCCAGGUUGACGGAGGUUUCACCAAGAUCGUGGGAUUGAAAAUGGAUAAUGUGAGCUUGGUGCACUCGCAUGGGAGUGACUCUGGAUGUGUACUAUCUGUUGCGAACGUCAAUUACAAUCAUAAAUCACGUUUUACACAUGUGGCUGCAAUCGUUGCAAACUUCAAAGGACUCUUGGUUAAAAAUACACAAUUCUCAUACAAUACGGCAAACAAAGAAUGUCACUAUGCAGCAUUUUGUUUCGUCGCAAGUCACCUUUUAAAAGUCUUAAUCACCAAAUCUUUGUUUUACAAAAAUGAUGUUCCAGCAUUUAUCCUAAAACAUGAUCCUAUUGAACCAUCACUUUCCGGCGCUGAAGUGAACGUCGAAAUCGACAGAACAGAUUUUAUCGAGAAUUACAGUCGACGAACAAAUGCCAUAUUGACUUUAAUGGUCGAUCACUCAGUUAAAAAAUCAAGUCUCAAACUCUCCAAAACUACCUUUAUGAAAAAUAACGGAACCGCAGUCAUAGCUAUAAAUGUUAUCGAUCUGAGCGCCAGAAAUUUUAUUUGUAGUCAUAACUUAUGGAUUUGCAUGUUAUUACGAUCCAAACUCCGCAAGGGGAUAAACGUUUCUUCGGUAAACUCAACGCUAAUGAUCGAGGAUUCGGUUUUCACUCACAAUAUGAAUUCACCAAUCAAAUUUAAUCAUACCAUGCCAAGAUUUCUAKACAUUCAAAUCGUAAAUACCAGUUUUCAUAAGAAUCAUUAUCGAGCUGCUCUGAAUAUAGAAAUUGGGUUUAAAAAGCGGAACAACACUUUGAUUGAGGGAAAGCUGAAAAUUAAACGUACCAAUUUUACGUCCAAUUCUGUUGACUUUGCUCGGUCUCACGUUUUGCGGUUUAUCUUACGGGUGCCAACUAAAGCGAAAUUUCAAGUCUCGAUUAAAGAAGCACUGUUUAUAAAUAAUGUUCAACAUUUCAAGGGAAAUCUUCCGGGUAUGUCCAGUGUUCUUUUCUUUUUUAUGCCAGAAGACUUCGAACACCAAAAACAAAAAAAAUGCAGAAAAUUUCCUUGCUUCAAUUACACGAGGAAAAUGUCUUUUAAUAAAGUUGUCUUCGAGAACAAUACGGGAUCCUCAACGAUUUUGUACAUCAGUAAUGGUUUAAACUCUUUCCGCCGAUGUCUUUUCAAGAAUAACUUUUCUCAGUAUCCGAGAUUAGGAGCCCAUGUCUUCAUUGAAGAAGGCACUGCACGUGYUCUAUUCGACAAGACAGAAUUCGAACAAACAAAGAGUUCAAAUUGUAAACCUUGCAGUGACAAUCCUUGCAAUCAUUCUAAAGUGCUUCCGUUCAUUCGCGCAGGAGCAAGAGGUAAUUUGAUAAUUAAAGAAUCUAACUUCACAUUGCACGCUUCUGAAAGAAAAUCCGAUAUGUUCGUAAUCCAAAAUGGUCGUUAUGUUAAUUUUGACUCACACACUAAGCUACUUUGCCCAUUAGGAAGCUACAUAAACCUUGAAAACUCCUCUCACGUGAUCCCACCAGCGUUCACACAUGAUCGUUGUCGCUUGAAUAUCACGCGCAUUCGCUUCGUGUGUCAAAUGUGUCCUACUAGUACUUACAGUCUUCAAAGAGGAUCUUUUCGUGGACUCAGUAACAAGACGCAUGUCAGUUGUAUUGAAUGCCCCUUUGGCGGGAAUUGCACAUGGAACAUUAAGAGUAAGAAUGACUUCUGGGGCUAUCUUUCUUCAUCAGAUCCCCCUCGACUUCGGUUUGCGAGUUGCCCUGAACACUAUUGUCAUGUGCCAAAACGAAGUAGAAACACUUCAGUCUAUAAUAGAUGCGCAGGUAAUAGAACUGGAUUGAUGUGUGGGGUAUGUAAAGAAGGUUAUACUGAAAGCCUGUUCAAUCAUGAUUGUCGCCCUGUUAACAAUUGUAGAGACAGAUGGUUCUGGGUAGUAGCUGGUCUGUAUUCGGUGAUUUUUGGAGUGUAUAUACUUGUGAGACCACCAAUAGUUAUGCAACUAGUUAAGAAAAUAAUGUGGUUCAAACACCUGAAGCCAUCGAUGCAAUACAUAACGCACGAACAGGAAGGAACCACACAUGGUCAUGGCGAACACGGCUAUUCUAAAAUCAUUUUCUAUUUCUACCAAGUUGCUGAUCUUCUCAUGUUGGAAUCUUCCUUCCACAUUCUCCAAAAGGAAGCGUUUAUUGUUACGCUAGUCUCAUUUUAUAACUUCCAGGUUAACAUAGCAAAUUCCUCGUUUGGGUGCCCGUUUCCAGGGUUAACAGCCGUCACCAAGGAGCUUUUCCGUUCUUUACAAGUCUUUGCUGUCAUGGUGUUUCUUGUCGUAUUAUAUUUUCUCCACUGGCUUCUGUGGUCGUUCAGAAGAAGACCCAGGCCACACUUUGCUCCUUACCUUGCAGCCAUCAUUGAGGUUCUACUCUUAGGCUAUGAACGACUUGCACACACGUCAUUUAACCUACUGACCUGUACUCCCCUUAAUAUCAAUGGCCAGGAGGUGUGGAAGAUGUUCAUCGAUGGUAACAUUACAUGCUGGGUCCAUUGGUGGCAGUACGCCAUUAUCGCAUACAACAUCGUGUUUGUGAUUCCAUUUGUGUUCGUUUUGAUGGUGGGAACUCCAAAAUUACAGAGUGGCCAUAUUGGUCCCUUCUACUUUUUGGCUGCCUGUUUUUUGCCCUUGCCUUUUUUGGUAUACUGGAUGCUGAAGCGCAUAUUGAAAUGUGACAGAUGCAUAUUCGAUGCCAUAGGAGAAGCCCGAGAUCAGGAAUACACAAAGCACUUAUUAGAAGUCAUACAGGGUCCUUUCAGACCUCCAAAGGACCAAUCAAAAGGCUCUUUGAAUUGGGAAAGUAUUCUGAUUGGUCGUCGUUUGGUGCUGUUGUGUCUUCAUUCCCUAGUGACAAUUCCAAUGCUUCGAAUUCUGUCCAUGACGUUCAUUUGUUUAUUGAUUCUUCUUCACGAUGUAGUGAUCAUGCCAUUUAAGGAUGGAAAAACAAAUGCCAUGGCUGCCUUCCUCUUAUGCAUUCAUGUCGUCCUAGGAGCCAUCAACAUGGCCAAAGCCACACUCAUCACCGCAGGAGUGUCUCCAGAAGGUCCUCCCAAGACACAGAUACAUGCUCUUCAACUAGUGGAAAUAGCACUGUUGGGUAUCCUACCUUGUUCUUUUCUGCUACUCGUUGCUGCGUGUGUGAUGUCCCAAGCAAUAUGCUUGAUGUUUAAAGCUGGUUUGUAUCUUUUCUCAAAAAUUUGUUUCCAAGAAAAGGGUGGCCGUUGGUAUCCAGAACAGGACAGGAAAUGUCUUGGGGAAUCCUAUCAACCCUUGCUGGAUCCUACAAUGAACUAAUCCAAAAAGAUAGUAUAGGACAAUCAAUUAACCGAUUCUCUAUCUGUCGAAAAAACUCCCGGGGGGGCUCCCUUAUAAAAGGGAGCGGGGGUCCUCGUCGGAAAUUCCGAAAAUGACCCCUAAAAGGGACCUGUAUUUUGGGAUGAUGGGCGUGGCAGUGAUGGCAUUUCACCCAUAAUCAAUAACACGUUUUGUUUGGUUUCUCGAUUUUACUUGCAUCAAAAGCCGUCUGCCCUAACGAAUUUAUGACGACAUCGUCAUAUACAAAUCGCUUGCCUUUUUGUAGAUCUUAUGCCCUAAAAUGGACCACAAAAUUCAGUUGGUGCGCAAACCCUUAUUUCAAACCCUAGAAGGGACAACGAGGGCCCCCGCCCCCUCCCAUAAGGGAGUCCCCCCCCCCCUUUCCGGGAAAAAACUAUGCAUAUUAAUCUUACUCAAGACAAGGAGAAGUGAAGAAGAAUAACAGGCUAUUGCGCAUGAGCCUAUCAAGAUCCUUGCAGAACAAUGAGUGAUUUUAAGUGCAGUUCAGAAAUGUAUCGUAUAUUAAUACUAAUUCCCUCAUGUUUGUGCAGAUUGUGUAGAAAAGUGUAGAAAGAUGUAGAAAAAUGUUUUCAAGGGGAGCAACUCAUGGUAAUCCAGAACUUGAACCACUUAGUGUUUGUUUUAUGCAUGCAAUAUUAGUAUAGCACUUGUUUAUUGUUAUAAGGGGGUCAAGUUCUGGACUA